AUGUGGUGGUUCUACCGCAAAGGGCCCUCGGGCUUCUCCGGCGCCUCAACGGCUGAGGAGGUCACUGCCAGCGUCGACGGCCAUGGUCUGGUCGCCGUCAUCACAGGUGCGUCGAGCGGCAUCGGGUUGGAGACGGCGCGUGUCCUGGCGUUGCGCGGCGUGCACGUCGUCAUGGCCGUCCGCAACGUCUCCGCCGGGCUCGAGGCCAGGGAAGCAAUCGUGGCCAAGAUCCCCGGCGCGAGGAUUGACGUUCUGGAGCUGGACCUCAGCUCCAUAGCUUCCGUAAGGAGAUUCGCCUCCGAGUUCGGCUCUCUGAACUUGCCCCUCAACAUUCUCAUCAACAACGCUGGAGUGAUGACAAGGAACUGCACACGUUCCUGCGACGGUCUGGAACUGCAUUUCGCGACAAAUCACAUUGGCCAUUUUCUUCUAACAAAUCUGUUAUUGGAGAACAUGAAGAAGACAUGUAGGGACAGCUGUCUCGAGGGACGGAUUGUCAAUCUGACAUCUUCCGGACAUUCCAUGACCUAUCGUGAAGGAAUCUGUUUUGACAAAAUUCAUGAUCCUUCUGGUUUGAACGACUUUGUUGCUUACGGUCAAUCCAAGCUUGCCAAUAUUCUUCAUUCUAAUGAACUGUCCCGAAUACUCAAGGAGGAAGGAGUGAAUAUUUCAACCAAUGCAGUUCAUCCUGGUGUCAUCACGACUAACCUUUUUAGGAACAGGACUAUUGUCUCUGCUCUAUUGAACUCCAUUGGAAGAAUCAUAUGUAGAACAGUGGAGCAGGGUGCUGCAACGACUUGCUAUGUUGCAAUGCAUCCUCAAGUGAAGGGGAUAAGUGGAAAGUACUUCACCAAUUGUGAUAUAGCCAGCCCGAGCUCACAAGCUUCCGAUGCUGAGUUGGCCAAGAAGCUAUGGCAAUUCAGCUUCAAGAUUGUGUCUUCUUGA